AUGUUCGCAGUUACCUCAUUCACUGCGAUUAUCACAUCUCUCCUCACCAUACACAUAGCCAUGGCACUCCCUUCCGGCGGCUUCAAUGGUGCUUCGGAGGUCGGAGAAAUCAUCGCGGCUGUCUUGGCCUUCCUCUUCAUCGUUGUCCUGAUCAUCCUCCUCUCCAAAAGCCCCUUCGCCCGUACCCCAGUCACUGCUUCCCCGAACUUAAUUCUUGCUGCACCAGCGCAUUUCACACCUCCCAGGGCCGGUGCACGUGUUCGUGAAGAAUCGGGCACUGGGUCCGAGGAAUACCUUCCACAAUACGAGGCAGCGCCACCUCAUUAUUGUUCUACGACAGACGUCAGCACGGCUGACACGGAAGGAUGUAGCACCAUGAUGUCGCCAGUCACGACUGCCGAUGUGGGGCAACCUGAUUCAAGGCCCCCACAUGAAUCUCGCGGAUCUCUGUCUUCCUUAGAGCCUCAGGCACCUGCGGAGGACGUACAGUAUCCACCGGCAGUUUUCAAGUUCCGGGGUGCUGGAAUACGCCCUCAACGCUAA